ACUACCACUCUAUAUAAGCCCGGCCAGGCCACAACCAUGGAACAACUUCAACAGCUUAACGCGGAGCUCGCUUCGCGAGAAAAAGUUGCUUCUAACGUCGACCGAGCGCCGCGCUUUCAGCAGCGUGCUUGUAUAGUUCUACUUGCGUUUAGGUUACCCAAACCAUCUGCGACUGGCCUGUGGUCGCGCAUAUCGGCGGUAAGUCGUCGCUCGGCGACAGCUGCGUUUAACACUUGCGCCUGUUGUGUAAUACCAAGCAUGCAUCUAUCACUCAAAUGUGUGGACUUCCACUCCCCUCUUCGCCUGCAGCGUCUCCCCCGCAACAACGCCCCGGUACUCCGGCGACAUGUGUCGUCACAUGCGAGCGGCACACCGCGGCCGCGGCCCAGCUGCGGGUCACGCCCAGUCCGGCUUGUUGCGGGCGCUGCUGCUGUCUGUCCUGCUGGUGCUGGGCCUGAGUGGCUCAGGCGCUUGGGCUCGCUCUCUGUCUGGUCCGCACCUUUCCAACGGCGCGGCGGCGCACCGUCGCGGCCUGCUGCAGCAGGUGGCGUCUUCUGGCACCAUUGACAGCGCAUCCGCUGCUCCCUCAUCGGGCCCUGUGCCCACCUACGGCGGCGACAUCAACCUGCUGAACCUGGCUGGCAGCCCGCCUUCGCCGCAGCCGCCCAACCCCGCCAGCCCCGCGCCGCCCUCCCCUGCUCCUGUCCCGCCCAGCCCACUGUCCCCUCCCAGCCCGCCCAGCCCUUCCCCACCCAGCCCCGCUUUCGUGGACAGCCUGACGUGCCUGAAGGACGCGCGCGACUUUGUGAGCGUCAUCCCCAACCCGCCCAUCGUGGGCACCUUCAUGUCGGCUCUGCAGAAGCUUCCCGCGCUGGGCAUGACUGGCUCUGCAGGCAACCUGUUCGACAACUUGCGCCUGGGCACGCUGGCUGGCUACGCCAUGGCGCAGAACGCCCGGCUGCCGGUGUUCACCGGCGCGGCCAUCGGCGCCUACCAGAGCGGCGUGGAGGGCCUGGACGCCGCCUGCGCCAACAUCGCCUCCAACCUGCAGCCCGGCUCGCAGUACGUGCUGGGCGUGGCCACCACCGAGCUCGUCGGCAAUCUGCUGGCCCUCGCGCAGGGCGGCGGCUCCGCCGGUCUGUUUGACAACGGCGAGGCUGCCAAGGAGCAGGCGUGGCUGGCGCUGACCAAGCUGUCCGUGUGCGCCGCCAUCAACCCGUGCGAGAACACCUACAUCCUGGGCUUCAACGGCUUCAGCACGCCUCCCAUCGAUACCGAGGUGGGCCAGUUCACGUUCUCCCUGCUGCGCGCGGGCUUCAGCUACGGCGCUGGCUUCAACUCCUCUCUCAUGACGCUGCCGGUGCACAACGCCUGGAGCUUUGACUGGGCCCAGCGCCACCAGCCCGGCAAGCUGACGGAUGGGGUUCGCCCCGUGAAUGUGCUGGUGGGCGGCCGUGUGACGUGGGGCCUGGACGUGACGGCGCAGCAGGGCGGCCCCGUGCUGGCCAGCAUCGCGCUGGACGCCGACGCCAACGUGGGCGUGUCCACCAAUGUGGGCGGCACCGGCACCAAGGAGGUGGUCGUGGCCACCAACGCGCGCGGCCCGGUGCUGACCAUCGCCAAGCUGCUGACCAUUGACCUGCGCGGCCUAAGCGACCUGGGCCAGAACGUGCUGUGGCGCUUCCGCUCCGCCUCCGACUUCCUGUUCCAGUACGUCAUGUACGCGUCGGGCACCAACGACAUCUCCAGCGUGCUGCGUACCGCGCCUGGCCUAGGCUCGCUGCUGUCGCCCAUCAUCUCCUUCAAGGGCACUGGCAGCCUGGCGGUGCAGGUCGACGCGGUGGGCGCUGCGGUGCGCAUUGAGAUUGACGGCAGCUUCACCAUCGCCGGCGACAUCACCCGUCAGUUUGGCCUGCCUGCGCUGGGCGCGCGUGCUGCGGUGCUGCUGACCAAGAAGCACACGGAGUCUGACUUCCGCGUGACGCUGGUGAUCAACGGCCAGUCGUACUGCGUGGGCGUGUACAGCCGCGGCGUGGGCGUCCCCAUCACCACCUGCCCGCCCGGCACGGUCAAGGACCCCAGCGGCCAGCUGUGCUACCCCGCGUGCAACGCCGGCUUCAGCAUGGUGGGCCCGGUGUGCUGGCAGACCUCCUGCCCGGCCAACUUCGUGCCCACGGCUAUCGACUGCAUCAAGCCCGCGCCCUACGGCCGCGGCGCCGGCUUCCCGUGGCAGAUUGGCGACCCCCUGUUCAACUACGACAACGCCCUCCGCCGCUGCCGCGCCGCCAACCCGGGCGUGGACUGCGAGAUGGACGGCCUCAUCUGCUACCCCAAGUGCCGUGCUGGCUUUGUGAAGUUUGGCUGCUGCACGUGCACGCCUCAGUGCCCUCCGCCCAUGCGCGACACGGGCGUGAGCUGCCUGAAGCAGAACUACCCCAACGGUGCGGGCGUCCCCCUGGGCUGCGCGGCCGGGCUGCAGCAGUCGGGCGGCCUGUGCUACCCGGCGUGCAAGGCUGGCUUUGUGGGCGUGGGCCCGCUGUGCUGGCAGUUCACGUGCCAGGCGUAAUGAUGUUAAGCUCCUGCGUCGUACAUAAUGUGGCGGCGGCCACCAGCUUCAUUGUCCUUGUUAGGCAUGUUCCUCCCGCUCACCCAUCUACCAUUCCUACCUUUUCCGUCCCAUCUGUCUCUGUGAUUUGUGUCGUUAGCAAUGAGCAUUGCCGGAUGAGACUCUUUCGCAUCAUUCAUCCGUGUCCACCUCUGACGCAUCCUGCACGCCGCUCACUGCUGCUGUACACACGUGCGUACGUGUGUGUUACGGUGUCAUGGGUGUGUGUACAUAACGCUUGGUCAUGCCCGAACCUCAU